UUAAAAGAAAAUUAUAGAUUAGUCCUCCUGAAAGAAAAACUUCUGCAGUUUCAUCCCUUCAAGUUUAUCAUAUCCCUUCAUUUGUCCUCCACCAGAGAAGACCUCCUCAGGCCACCUAUAUUCCCGUCGAGUCCUCCAUUUUUUUUUUCAAGCUAUAAGCUCCCACAAAGGUAGGGACUUUUUUCUUUAUCAUCCAUUUGUUCCAAUAUCUUCUCUUCUUCUACUCUCUCUCUCUCUCUUGCUCUCUCUCUGAGUAUAUGGAUUACCAAGAAGAUCUCUCUUUUCUGGGUUUUGCUCUUCAUUUUGUUUUUUGUACGUUUAAGUAAAAUUUUUCGUUUUCUGAGUCUCCCUUGUUGUCUCAUUUCUUUUUCAUGAGCCCACCUGAAAAGGUAAAAGCUUUAUUGGUAUUAUUAAUUUUUCAUUCUAACUGCUAGUUGCUUGUUAAUUGGAUUUCUAAAGCUUUUAUGAAUGGCUUAAUAGGGUCUUUCAUAGGCAUUUUCAUAUGUAAUAUAUUUCUCUUUUUUGUGAUAAUUUUUGUUUGGGAGUCUUCUUUUAUCAAAUACUUAUAUACCCAUUUGAGGCUAACUCAAUUCCAAGCUGUUAAGAAUUCAAAGCUUGACCAUUUCACAUGUUUCCAAGCCUGUGGCCUUUUCUUAUUUGACAAAAAGCCUUUCUUUUUGUUUCCCAUUUCUCUCUAUAGCUUCCUCUCUUGAUCUAUCACAAGGGACCAUAAGCAGAAAUCCUAGAUAUGUACAAAACACAUACCAAAAGAGAGGUUUCCUUAGAAUUCCAGUCUCAAAUCCCAGUCUUGAGGCCAAGCAUCCAUUCAAGAAGGGCAAAUUUAACAGUCAAAUUCCAAGACCUUUACGGAUUCACUGUAGAAGGCAAUGUGGAUGAUGUUAAUGUAUUGAAUGAGGUAAGAGAGAAGGUGAGACAACAAGGGAGGGUUUGGUGGGCAUUAGAGGCUAGCAAAGGUGCUAAUUGGUAUUUGCAGCCUCAGGUUACUUCAAUAGCUGAAGGGAUUGCGUUGAAAUCCUCUCUUAAAUUGUCUACUUUAGCUAAUGCAAUCACUUUGAAGAGGCUUAUAAGGAAGGGGAUACCCGCUGUGCUUAGGCCUAAGGUUUGGUUUUCGCUCUCUGGAGCUGCAAAGAAGAAGUCUACGGUGCCUGACAGCUAUUAUAAUGAUUUGACCAAGGCUGUUGAAGGGAAGGUUACACCAGCUACAAGGCAGAUUGAUCAUGAUCUGCCACGAACCUUUCCUGGUCACCCAUGGUUGGACACUCCAGAGGGUCAUGCUGCUCUCCGACGUGUUCUUGUUGGGUAUUCUUUCCGUGAUUCCGAUGUUGGCUAUUGCCAGGGGUUAAAUUAUGUUGCAGCACUGCUGUUGCUUGUGUUGAAAACAGAGGAAGAUGCUUUUUGGAUGCUUGCUGUUCUCCUGGAAAAUGUAUUAGUUAAUGAUUGCUACACAAAUAACUUGUCAGGAUGCCACGUGGAACAAAGGGUUUUCAAAGAUUUGCUUGUUAAAAAGUGCCCAAGGAUAGCUGCUCAUUUGGAAGAACUGGAGUUCGAUGUUUCCCUGGUUGCCACUGAGUGGUUCUUAUGCCUAUUCUCAAAGAGCUUGCCUUCAGAGACAACUCUGCGAGUGUGGGAUGUCCUUUUCUUUGAGGGGGCAAAGGUUCUGUUUCAUGUAGCUUUGGCUAUAUUUAAGAUGAAGGAAGAAGAGCUGCUUCUGACUCAUCAUGUCGGUGAUGUAAUUAAUGUAUUACAGAAAACCACCCAUCACCUCUUUGAUCCAGAUGAAUUAUUAACGGUGGCAUUUGAUAAAAUAGGUUCAAUGACAACCAACACUAUAUCAAAGCAAAGGAAAAAGCAAGAACCGGCAGUAAUGGCAGAGCUGGAUGAAAGAUUGAGAAGAUUAAACUCGUUGAAAAUGGAUGAAAAAUAGCAGUUACCAUCACAGUUUGAUCAAAGUUGUUACAUUUAAGACAUUCCAAAGAAGGGGCUUGUUAUUUCCAUGGAAGUGAGAAUGUUUAAUUUUAUGGAGUUCCAUCUGUGAAGAGGGGAGGACCCGGUAAAGGGUGUCUGCUGAUUUCAAUGAUGUAUUAGGUGGUUGAGUGUAAAUCACGGAUUGUUGGAACAUAUGGGAUUAAAUCAAAGAUGCAAGUCAGGGCAUCGCUGGCUUGUAAUUUUGUUUCUGAUGUGAGAUGAUGAUCAUCUCCAGAAUUUUUAUUUCACUAAUCAAAACGUGUUCUCAUA